AGAGGACGGUGUUUCGGCGAAAAGACGCUCGUAGAAAUUUCUCCUAACUAUAAGUUAUAGCUUUUGAUAAGUUGGGUUUUAGCUGAAGUAGUUUCUUAUUAUUGUUGAAUUCUGCUGGAUUUUUCAUCUUCUGCGUCGUUGGGCUGGACAGUGUUAGGAAAGGCUGAUUCUGAAUCCUCUCGCAGGGUGUUAUGUCUUUCCAGAGUAGCUGGGGGAUGGUCAUGGAAAAGUUCUGGGAUUCAGGGAUUCCUUGUUUACAUCCUCCCGGAGUACGUCUCGGGGGCGGGCUUGGCUCCGCCCUCAUUCUUUAGCCCUGACGUCAUUGUCGCUUGUGUUUUUUAUGAAUGAAAGAAUCCAACCUCAGAGAGCAGCGGAGUAAUUCCGGGAAAAGGCGGACUGACAUUUUGUCGCCGGAGUUGCGUCGAGCCAUCAGAUUGUGUGUAUCUGGUUUUACUGGUGCUUGGGGAGGGGAAAAAACAAAGACAACUGGAUCAUGACGACAGAAAGAAACAGCAAAGCUCUGAAGGUGAAGCAGGAAUGCGGCGAGAACGUGCCCUUCCUCUCGGACAGCGAACUAAUGUCCCUGUCGGUGCGAGAGCUGAAUCUCCACCUGCGUGGCCUCUCCCGCGACGAUAUCCAGAAGCUGAAGCAGCGGCGUCGCACCUUAAAGAACAGGGGAUAUGCCGCCAGCUGCCGGGUCAAACGGGUGUCUCAGCGAGAGGCCCUGGAGCAGCAGAAGAUGGAGCUGCAGAGAGAGGUGGAGAGGCUCGGAGCCGAGAACGCCGGCAUGAGGAAGGAGCUGGAGGGGCUCAGCGCACGCCUGGCUGCGCUUCAGAGAUUCGCCAGGGGUCUGGAAGCGGGAGGAGGCAGCCUGUUGGCGACGGCCCCUCGCCUCAACACCGCCUCGGUCAUCACCAUCGUCAAGAGUCCGCAGCAGCCUCAGCCACAGAGGGAGCAGGAGCUAUCCUAGAAGGAGAUGCUGAAACCAGACUGGGGUUUGGGAUUCGGGGUGGGGACGGGGAAGCCUGCAAUGCAAACACGCACACAUCUGCGGGCCUUAAUACUCACGCAGGCAGGAGAGCAGGAUGACUUGUAAUAAUAGGAAAAUACUAAGCGCCUUGUUCACAUUACAAUUGACAGAAAUCCGAUCACAGCUACGAUCACCUUUCUAACAAACAAGACAACAGAAACAGGUUCAGUACUGUAGUUUUGAUAGAGAUGUCCUCUGUUGAUGGUCCUCCGUGAAACAGCAGUCUGGUCAAGUAAGAUUUACUCAGUGAUCUUUUUUAAUUUUCUUGAAGCACUCAAACUUUCAAAUUCUGUUUAAUGUGAACAAGGCGUCGCACAUAUUUAUGCACAAAAAACCCUCACAGUCUUUCCCAUGAGCUACACGGGGACUCUGACUGAAGCCCAACCAAGCCAAACAGGGUUACUGAGCACCAUUAGUCCUCAGCAAACCCCCACAGUGAGGCUGGUGUAGCCUGAUUAUGCUACUUAAAGGCUGGGGUGCCUUUCUGCUUCCGUUUAUGGCACCUGACCAACAGCAAAAUGCUAGGGUGGAGCUUCCUCGGUCUCCAUAAUGCCUUCUAGUCUGAAAUCACUAGCUUGGCUCAGCCUCGUGUUCCCACCCCCCUGUAUUUUUUUCCUUUUAUUCCCUCUCAAUGCAGUUUCUCACCCUUUAUGUCACUUUUAUGUGCCGGUGGGAUAAUCGAAUCUGUUUUCGCCUCCUUCCAUUGAUGGCUCUCUAGCUGCUUUAGUCAUGAGACUUUUGGGAGCAGAAACGGUCAGAGAAAUGCUGCCUGAGUGCAUUGUGAAUUUCUCUAAGUUGUGCGAUUCACUAAGAUUUUCCAGGUUU